AUGUCCGAAGGCGCCACCGAAAGACCAAAGCGCUCUGUCAGAUUCGAUUUGAGCUCCGAUGACGGAGAUAGCCCCGAAAGGGACCAGACGGAGCUAUCAGCACCGCCAGCAACCCCCCAGAGUCCAAGACCAGAUACCGUUUCUGAAAAUGAAGCGGCUGGCGACAAUACACCCCUUCCGGAAACUACAGCAAAAGCUGCUCGCAAGGAGACUCUCGGGGACCUGUUCCGCAACCACAUGGUCGAUUCUGAAGAUGAUCGAAACUCCGAGUUCUUGCCAAGGAAUGAGCUGGAGACACUCCUGACCCGGGAGAGAAUCAUCCAGGAGCUGGUAAGAGUUGGUUGCAUCCCAAUACAAUACCAGCCAGAAGCCACUGAAGAGCAUUCCAACCCGACAAAGCUCUCGGUGAGCCUGGAUCAGCUUGACAACAGAAAGCAGGUCUUCGCCAUUCUCAUUCUCAUGGGACAGCUUGAAGCGAUGGUAGACUUCAUCAAAGAAGGUAUUGAUGACAGCCACCUCCCCUUCGAGCUCAAACGGGAAGUUGUUCGUUCCAGGAAAAAGCUCAAGGGGAGAGACUCUAGCCGCGCAUUCCGACCGGUCGAUUGGGGAAAUGGUGAGGUCGAAGCAUUUGAGAAUCAGCAGUGGAAAAUUUGCGUCCCCGUCUUUCACAUGAUAGACGAACUUGAGACGAAGCCACCACACUGGGAUUUUGCAGCCGAAAUGGUCUUACCCUUUCUCGAAAGCGAGCCGGUUGGUAAGGGAGGCUAUGGUGCUGUCAGGAAAGUAAAAAUACACGCGAGCCACCAUAAUAGCCCCAAAGGCGAUGAUCAAUGGUAUGCGGUGAAGAAGUUGACGGAGCCGGAUCAAAAGGCCUUUCUAGAGGAGGUGUCAAACCUGAGCCGAUUCAGUGGGAAAGGCAAGGAGCAUCCCCACCUAAUUCGGCUUCUGUGGACAUACGCCCUUGGUUCAGCCUACCACCUUGUCUUUCCUUGCGCUGAUGGCAAUUUGAUGGAUCUCUGGAACCAACACAAAAUGCCCCCUUCGGAAGGAAGGGACCCUGCUGUGACCCGUUGGUUUACGAAACAGUGUCUCGGGAUCAUUGAAGGGCUUCACAUGAUUCAUCAAGACUCCAACUCUGAGCCCAAAGAUGACGACAACAGACGACAUGGUCGACAUGGAGAUCUCAAGCCUGAGAAUAUUUUAUGGUUCAAGAGCUUUGAUGACCAAGAGGAAGGUUACAGUCUGGGAGUGCUGAAGAUUUCAGACUUUGGUCUCGCGAGGUUCCACGGUACGAAUUCCCGAUCCGGGAUCAACAUUAAUGCAGGGAGAGGAGUGGGAGGAUCGCCCACUUAUCGGGCGCCAGAAUACGACGUUCGUGAAGAAGUCGCUCAGAAUUAUGACAUCUGGUCCUUGGGUUGUGUUUUUCUUGAGCAUAUCACAUGGUAUCUUAAAGGCUGCGACGAAGUUUAUCAGUUCGGGGCUUCAAGGACGAAGGAAGACAUUGACCCGCAUGUGAAAGAAGACAAAUUCUUCCACUAUGUCCGGGUUCCAAGUACGCAACGCACGGGUGCGCAAGCAAAGAAAUCCGUUGCAAAGGAGUUCCAAGAACUUUAUGAUCAUCCACAUGGCUCAGAUUUUACCCUUGACCUCCUGGAGAUCAUUAGAGAUAAUCUGCUCCGUUUGAACCCCCAGAAGAGAGCUAAAUGCAACGAAAUCCGCGACAUCUUUCGGAAAUUACACCUCAAGUGCCAAGACUCAGAGUACUGCCGCACGAAGCGGACGAACAGGCCGCCUUUGCGGAAAGCCACCGAUCUCUCACUCCUAGAGCCUGAAAUUGUUGAUAAGUCAACAGACCGGUGUGGCUCCGAAUUCCAAAGUCAGCAAAAGCCUUUCUUCGGUCCGGGACCUCUGACUCAUGAAAGCACAUUGGUCGGAACAGAAGUGCAGGAUACUCCCGACGACAACUGUGGUAGCCCUCUUACCAAGAACCACACUACAGGUAGCAGCACCAAUCAAGAGCUUGUUGAAGAGGUUGAUGGAGGGCACAAGCCGGACGGCGCACUCAUGAUUACUUCACCCUAUCUGUUAUCCGAACCAUCUGAGGCGUUGGAGAAUGAUAACAAACCAUUGUCAGCACACCUGGAAACUAGGCAAGCCCCAAGUACGGCUCACUCCGCGAUAGUGCUAUCGAACUCAGUCGAGAGCAGCCUUAACGAUGAUACAGCCCAGAUUUCAACUGAUCCAUUACCCGAGGGUGGCGGACCGGAGUAUCAAGAUGGGCAGAGGAGUGAUAGAUCCAAGAGCGGCCCAAGGCCUCCUGAGAAGGCUCCUGGACAUCAAAUUCGCCAAAGUGCUCAGGUAGUAUACCUUACCGACUACUAA